AUGUCAUCUAAGAUUUCUCCUCCAUCUUCGAUGCUACUCAUAUGUGAUAUUAAUAAAUUAACCUAUCGACAAUUACAACUCGAAUUAAAAUUUCGAAACUUAAAAUCCGGUGGUAAAACUGAAGUACUUCGUGAACGUCUUCGACAAGCUUUGCUUACUAACAACGAAAGUGAACAAUGGUCAGAUUAUCUUGACGAAUGUUCCAUCUGCUUGGAUAAGUUAUCCUUCGAUACGCGAACGACAAUACAAACGACAUGUGCACAUCGAUAUCAUCGAAUUUGCUUGAAAAAAUGGAUCGAAUCUAAUGGAGAAUAUUCGCUCUGUUGUCCACUAUGCCGUUGCUCGCUAGCCAACGACCGACAAAUCGAACAAGACGAAGAUACGAAAGUGAUCGUCUGA